GUGUAAAUAAAGCUUUGGCGCAACGCGUAGUGAUAUUUCUGGAAGGAGCGUCCGACUCGCAAAAGUAGCAAUACCUUCCCUGAAAGAAGCGUUCUCCCAACACACUGAGCUGAACUUAUUUUUGUAUCUAUAUUAAAUACUACGGGUAUUGAGUGAAUCCCUGAAAACAUGGCAGAAAGCGACUGGGACACCGUGACCGUCUUGAGGAAGAAGGGGCCGACUGCUGCCCAGGCCAAAUCCAAGCAGGCUAUCACUGCUGCUCAGAGACGUGGGGAGGACCUUGAGACAACCAAGAAAUGGUCUGCUGGGCAGAACAAACAGCACCUUGUGACAAAAAAUACAGCCAAACUGGACCGGGAGACAGAGGAGCUCCACCAUGAAAGGGUUACCCUGGAAGUGGGUAAGGUUAUCCAGCAAGGCAGGCAGGAGAAAGGCAUGACCCAGAAAGACUUGGCCACUAAAAUUAACGAGAAGCCUCAAAUCAUUUCCGACUAUGAGAGCGGGAAAGCAAUUCCCAACAACCAGGUCAUGGGCAAAAUAGAGAGAGCAAUUGGGCUGAAACUGCGUGGGAAGGAUAUUGGCCAACCCCUGGAGGCAAAACCCAAGAAGAAAUGAACACAAAGCCUCGAAAUCAGCCCCCCCAGCCCCGUCUGUAACCUAUAACUGAAAUGUGAUCCCUUCCCCAACCCACCUCAACAACCCUUGAAAAAAACCUCCCCUUUGUCUCUCCCCAUCCCUUCUUCUACCUGGGCUGAUCUCACCUGUGUCCUGCCUGAGGACCUGGUGCUCCACUGCAUUGCAGGCUGCAUACUAACAGUCAUCUGAAACACUCUCUUGACCACAUAAAUGAAUGAUCGAACGCAUUUUUCCACGUCACAGACUCGAAGUCGAGUGAAUUUCUUUUCACCUACGUCUGCUUAGGCUUUGGCAUGAUAAAAUUCCACUUUUUGACAGUGAUGGUAAAUCAUUUGAAAGGUGAAUUCUUUUUCAUGAUCAAACAAAGUAGUUUGACUAACGUUAAUUCUGAGCAUGAUGUUAAACCUAAAGUGCUUGAUUGCAUAUUUUUCACACUUGUCAGACAGUGGGUGGAUGUCAUAUUACAGUGUUGAAAUGUUUUAAUGCUGCUGUUUGUUUUGAUCUAAAAAUAAAGUCUGGCAGUUCA